AUGCCUAGGGGUGUUAAAUUGGAUAUUUAUAUCGCAUUAAUCGUAUUUUAUUACGGUGUGGUCUGGAAUGUCACCACAGCGAUGGAAAAGUGGUCAUUUAAUAGAGACAGGGUGUGUAUCAUACUCUUGGAUUACUGUACAGUACUGUAUUUAAAUUUUAACGUGUCCAUUUUUAGAGCAGUGCGGUGUGCAAUAGCGUCCAAAGGGGGGCGCUGUGACGUGGCUGCAGAGCUUUAUUCACAAAUUUCCUUCACGGUAACCACGGUAACUUGUGGCGAAGUCUCGCGCGAGUUCCGCCGGAGUCGAGCGAGGAAAGCGACAUCCUCCGAGAGAAGCGCUUCCUUCACGCGAGGAAGUGGCAAUAAAUGAUUGAUGAAAUUCUCACACGGCACGGCGAGCUGAGUGCGUGCUUCCGCCGGCCGGUUGCGUGGAAGGAGCCACUACCGCGAGGCGGUGAUGAACCCGGUCAACGCGGCCGCCCUGUACGUGUCCGCCAGCCGGGCCGUGCUGCAAUGUGACCCGCGACAGCCGCACACCUUUUCGGACAUGUACACGCUGCUGCCCUUCUUCCGACAGUCGCUGGCUUGCCUCGUGUGCGGCGAGCUGGUUCGGGACCCGGUGUCGGCGCCGCACCCCGGCUGUCCGCACCACGUGUGCCUGGGCUGCCGGGGCCGGAAGACGGCGGCGGGGAGGGCGGCGUGCACCCGCUGCCGGGACGCCGCCGGCUUCCGGGAGGACAAGCAGCUGUCCCUGCUGGUGCAGCUCUACCGGAAGCUGUGCGUCUACGUGGCGCACUCGGCCCUGCUGCCUUGCGUCAGCUCCAACGCCGAGCUCAUGGCGCUGCUGGAGGAGGCGCUGUUAGCGCCCGCGGACGACACAGAGUCACCGGACACCCAGGCUUCCUGCACAAGUGUGGAAAGAACUCUGGACGGCGAACCUGUGGAGGACGGCGAGUUGUUAGACGGUGAGCCGGCGGAGGACGGCGAGUUGGUGUGCAGCGACCCGUUGGACAAUGAGUUGGUGAACUGCGGGUUGGUGGACGGGCGUCCCGUGGAGCUGGAAGCCUCGGCCGGCGAGUCGUCCACGCCCGACGAGAAGCUGCACGUACCCGCUGAGCUCUACCCUGAGCCGGGGGGGUGCAACGGGGCGCUCCUGGAGAACCUGGAACCUUCCUCGCCCGAGCUGGAGGUGUGCGAGCUGAUGGAGGAGAGGCUUCCGGACCCCCAACCGGAGGGCCUCCCCGUAUCCGACACGGCCACUCUAGAGUUAAGUCUCACCACCGGACCCUUCACCGCCGGAGCCUUUGCCCCCGGAGGCUUCCCCGCCGGAACGUUUGCCGCCGCGCCGGGUGGCAGGGAGCUGGAGGAGGGCGAGGUGCUUCUCCUCAGCGUAGAGGAGGUCCUCCAGACUCUGGACCCCCUCCAGCCGGCUACCGUCGGCCCCCCGGACCGGCACGCCCACAUGUACCUGCAGCUGGAUGCCGCCCACAACUACACGCAGCUGCACACGGAAAGGACUCACAUGGCGGUGACCCCCGUGUUCCCUCCCCCGACCGCUCCUCCCCCUCUUCCUACCUCACCUUCCUCGCCGUCGUCAUCGCGCCACAAACGCAAGCGUUCGCGGUCGGAGAGCGACCGCGAGCAGGUGAAGCCGCUCCCCAUCGCCUCCAUCCUGCAGGGGCCGACAUCGCCUCACGCCCCGCACGCCGCCGCGCCCUCCUUCGCCGCACCGCCGCACGCCUACUCGUCCCUCUACAACGGGGCGCCUCCCAAACCCGCCGCCCGCCACCAUCACCACCAUCACCACCACCACCACCACAGCAAAGCUGCCCGCAAGCACGGCGAGCUGGCCGUCAAGAAGAAGGCACGUUCGGCCAAUAAGAGCAAGGAGCGCAGCAAAGAGCAGCGGCUGCAGCUCUCCGGUUGCCUGGUGCCCCCCGCGCCGGCGCGGCCCCCGUACAAGAAGCCCGUGGAGAAGAAAGGCUGCAAGUGCGGACGCGCCACCCAGAACCCGUCGGUGCUGACCUGCAGGGGGCAGCGCUGCCCUUGCUACUCUAAUCGAAAGGCUUGCCUGGACUGCAUCUGCCGGGGCUGUCAGAACUCUUACAUGGCCAACGGCGAGAAGAAGCUGGAGGCGUUCGCCGUGCCCGAGAAGGCGCUGGAGCAGACGCGGCUCACGCUGGGCAUCAACCUCACCAGCAUCACGGCGGCCGCCGCCCUCCGCAGCCCGGCGGGCAGCGGCCUCCGCGCCGGCACCCUGCUCAACGUCGCCACGGCGACCGGCGCGCCGAUGGCCACCGCCUUCCUGUCGGCCAGCAGCCCGCCGAGGGACCCCGCCUACGAGGACAGCCUGGAGCUGCUCAUUGGCUGAACCCCGCCAGGAAGGUGGGCCGGACAUUUCGUUUCUCCCCCCCGCCCCUCGGUGCUCAUUGAAUGUUUUGGCUGCUGGCCACAUCUGGCCUCCUGAAGGGGGCGCACCAUGGCAGCUGCUUUUCUUCUGUGGUGGAAAAUGCGCAGUAGUUGGACUAGCGUGGGCGUGCCAAAUCCUGGUGUAUCGUGCCUGCCUGCGUAUGUGUGUCUCAAUCUUUCCCAUCAUACACCACUCUUGAAGGCAAUAGGACCCCCCCACCCACCCCUAGUUUCCUUUUCACCACAUCGCUGUGCAAGCGACCGUCACAUCCACAUCACAUUGCUCCCACUUAGCGUGACUCGGUAAAACUUCCACGGUGCGGUCAAAAAACGACAGAGCUCCUGUAAAAUCCCAAGCCAUAGGUUGUCGUUACUGUUUUAGGCACCCCCACACCCCCCCCCCCCAAAAAAAAAAAAAAGAUUUAUUCCAGUGUGUAGAUUUGUAAGAGACACAAAGAAAGAGCAUGUGUGUGUGAGCGAGUACGGAUGUCGUCCUAGUGCAUCAUCACUGUAUCGGUCCAGCAAAUGUGGGACCAAUAAAACAUUUAUUAAAACAAAAAAAAAAAACAAACAAAAAAAAAACUGAGCGACAGAGUGAGGACUCACACCGAUUAUAGAGCAUCUCUCCAUUGGUAGCAGGUGGGUUAUGACAUAACGAUCAGCAUAUAUAAUGUAAUCUUCCCAUAUGUGUGCGUUUAUGUGUCUUUUGGGGCAUUACUUGAAGCCAGAUUAGUUUUAAUUUUUUUUUUUGUAUCUCUAAAUGUUUGAGGUUGAAUUGAAAAGAAUCACUGCCAUAACAACACGGACAUGUACAGUAAGACAGACAUGUCAAUUAAAAGAUAGUUUUUUACUUUUUCA